AAUUAACUUUUACAGUCGAUUCUCUUGGAAAUUAACUUUUACAGUCGAAUCUCUUGGAAAUUAACUUUUACAGUCGAAUCUCUUGGAAAUUAACUUUUACAGUCGAAUCUCUUGGAAAUAUCUUGGAAAAGUCAAAUCUCUUAGAAAUCUCUUGGAAAAGUCAAAUCUCUUAGAAAUCUCUUGGAAAAGUCAAAUCUUGAAAUUAAAUCCUCCACGUCAAAUCUCUUAGAAUUAAUUUCUCCACGUAGCUUAUGGGCUUUAUGGCCUUUGGGCCAUAUUUUAAAUUUUAGCGCAAACAAUGCCCCCUAUAUAAUUGGCUUUUUAGAAAUAAAGCCAUUUAUAUAUAUAUAUUCUUGUAGCUAAAUUUGAAAUUUUUUAGAUUUCAUAUGGUUAGGCCUAAGGUUUUAUUUUCUGAAAUUGAUAAAGCUUUUUGGAGGUGUGAAAAUCCAUUAGAAACAAUGGAAUUAAAUUCACAAAAAGCAAAAGGUGGAGAAAUUUCAGAAGUUGAACAAGAUUCUCCCCCAAAAAAAUUAGAGCAAAACCCUAAUUCCAAAGCUCAAAUCAAUUUUUCUCCCAAUCUAAAAAAUACUAAACCCCAAAAGAUGUCAAUAAUUGGAGAAGGAAAGGAAACAACCACCGCCAAGACAAACACGGCAGUCGGCAGCUCCCCCUCUCCCACGGCAGCAGGUGCGUGUUCAGCUCCAAUCCCAGGCGUUUCAGUGGCGGUGAAAUCAGGCAACGGCAGCGUCAUCCCUCUCCGCCAGCAGCUCGACUCGGUGGCCAGCAGCCGCGACCUUCCUUUCCAGCAGCAGCAGUUUAAUCCGGUGGCCAGCAGCGGCGGCGUCGUCCAUCUCCGCCAGCAGCUCGAUCCAGUAGCCAGCAGCGGCGAUCUUCUUUUCCAGCAGCAGCUCGGCGUGGUGGCCAGCAGCAGUGGCGCUGUUCCUUUGGCCAGCAGCAGCGGUGCUCUUUUCCAGCAGCAGCUCGGCGUGGUGGCCAGCAGCAGUGGCGCUGUUCCUUUGGCCAGCAGCAGCGGUGCUGCUCCUUCCCAACAGCAGCUCAAUCCGGUGGCCAGCAGCCAUCCUUCUGCAGCUACUCCUUUUGGACUCAAUUCGGCUUCUAUUCCGAAUUCUGCAAUUUCUACAGAGUUGCCCUGUGCUCCUCUAGCAAAUAAACUUUUGCACAAAGACCUGUUUCAGUCUUCAGGUUCUCUUGCUUCCAACAACACCAAUUUUUCUGAGUUUGCGGCAAAUAAACCAGCUUUUACCUCUUUUACCAUGAAAACCAAUUUCACUCCUUCCAUAGGUGUAGGAUCUCGGGCUGUAGCCAUUCCAAUUUCUCCUCUACUUGCCGCACUGACCAAUGGAAAACAAAAUAUUGAGAAGAAUUUUUACUCACAGAUUCUAGAUCCCUCUCUUCUUGCACCUUUCCCUCCUUACAUCCUCUUCAAGUAA